CACGGCCAGAAGAGGCGGCCGCAUAGAGUCGCAGGAGGAGCAGUCGCUGCUCAGUCAGUCAGUCAGUCACUCACUCGCACCAGCCGGGCCCGCGUUCCAUUCGCCCGCUGGCCACCUCCUCCUGCUCGCGCUGCACCCACCCACUAUGUACGAUUAUGAGCAGAUGACCGCCUUCCUGGGCGAGUGGGGACCCUUCCAGCGCCUCAUCUUUUUCCUGCUCAGCGCCAGCAUCAUCCCCAACGGCUUCAGUGGGCUCUCCGCCAUUUUCCUAGCCGACACACCCGAGCACUGGUGCCGGGUGCCCGCCAGCGCCAACUUGAGCAGUGAGUGGCUCAACUUCAGCAUCCCCCUAGAAAAGCGCGGCGGGCGGCAGGUGCCCAGCCAGUGCCGCCGCUAUCGCCUCGAGGCCCUGGUCAACUUCUCCGCCCUGAAGCUCCAGCCUGGCCGCGACGUCAACCUCAGCCAGGUGGAGCAAGAAAAGUGCCUGGACGGCUGGGAGUACAGCCGCGACCCCUACCUCUCCACCAUCGUCACCGAGUGGAACCUUGUAUGUGACAAUGACUGGAAAACACCUUUAACUACCUCUUUGUUUUUUGUGGGAGUCUUGAUUGGAUCUUUUAUAUCUGGACUACUCUCAGACAGGUUUGGUAGGAAGAAUGUGUUGUUUGCAACAAUGGGAGUCCAGACUAGCUUUAGCUUCUUCCAGGUCUUCUCAACAAGCUGGGAAAUGUUUUCCGUGCUCUUUCUUAUUGUUGGAAUGGGACAGAUCUCUAACUACGUGGCUGCAUUUGUGCUUGGCUCAGAAAUUCUUGGCAAAUCAGUUCGUGUUAUAUAUUGCACUUUAGGUGUUUGCAUAUUUUAUGCAUUUGGCUACAUGUUGCUGCCAUUGUGUGCUUACUUCAUCAGAGAUUGGCGGACUCUGCUUCUGACACUUACUUUACCAGGGUUGCUGUAUAUUCCACUGUGGUGGUUUAUUCCUGAAUCCCCUCGGUGGCUGCUCUCUCAAGGAAAGAUUCAGGAGGCAGAAGCCAUCAUUCAGAAGGCUGCAAAACAGAACGGUGUUCAAGCCCCAGAUGUCAUAUUUGAAACUGUUGAGCUGCAAGAUUCGAAUUCCCAGAACCAACAGUCAUAUAGUGUUUUGGACCUAGUGAAGACCCAAAAUAUCAGAUGUUUAACCCUUAUGUUUGUGAUCCUAUGGAUGGUCAUUGCUAUCGGCUACUUUGGUCUUUCUUUGGAUACUCCUAACUUGCAUGGAGACAUCUACCUCAAUUGCUUCCUCUCAGCAGUAAUUGAAGUACCAGCGUAUACAAUAUCUUGGCUGCUUCUCCAACAUCUGCCCCGGCGGUAUUCAAUGUCAGGAGUCUUGUUCGUUGGAGGAUGUGUUCUUCUCUCCAUUCAGCUAGUGCCUGCAGAUCUCCUUGCGCUAUCAAUUACGCUGGUGAUGGUUGGAAAGUUUGGGAUCACAGCUGCCUUCUCAAUAGUUUACGUCUACACUGCUGAGCUAUACCCAACAGUUGUGAGGAACAUGGGAGUGGGUGCCAGUUCAAUGGCCUCCAGACUUGGAAGCAUCCUCUCACCUUACUUUGUAUAUCUUGGUGCCUAUGAUCGGUAUCUUCCUUACAUCUUAAUGGGAAGUUUAACAGUCUUAACCGGAAUCCUGACUCUGUUUUUCCCAGAAAGUUAUGGCACACCACUGCCAGAGACAAUUGAGCAGAUGCUUCGGGUUAAAAAAAUUAAAUAUAGAACUACAUCCCAACCCAUAAGGAGGACAGAGAAUGGAGAAGAAAAUUCAGUAAUUCUGAAAACCACAUCUUUCUGACAGAGCUACACUGAAUAACACCAAAAUAUUUCCUUUAAUUUUCCUCUGGAAAGGACUAAUUGAUAUACCUUGCCCUGUAAUUAUGAACUUAUUUAUUGAAAUACUUCAGAACAUUCGUUUUUGUGAAUGUAGAUACUGUAUAUCACAUUGUCGGAUCUCCAACAGCAGCUGCACAAAUUAGAUGGAACUAUAUAGGGGGACAAACUAUCUGUUUGCCCACAGAAGCUUUUGACACCUACGUUUUUUGUAAGAUGCUUGAACAUGCAGAUCAGUAGAGUAACUUUAUUCUCUUGUGCAUGUAUGCAAAAGGCGAAGUGUGUUCAGAGUUUAAAUAUUGUCACAGAUCACCUGACCAAAAGCACUGAACUCAGAUUUUGGUAGUUGUUGCUAUGAAAACUUUAAACAUGCAAUAAUGUGAAAACAGCAAGAUUAUUCUAAGCUAUGAAAUGGAUUAUUACACACAUGGGCUUUUUGCAGAAUGCAGGUUUUAGAAGAAAUUGUGCUGAUUUUUUUUCAAUCAACAUUUGACACAGUACAGAGAUAGUGACAGUCUAGUUUUGUUUGCAAAACUAUUUUACUUCUUUCAGAUGUAAUUCUAAAUAUAAAUACUGGAUGCAGCUGUUUACAUCUGAAAAUGAUGUUUUGCCUAUUCUAGGUCUAUAUUUAUUUUUUAAAAGAAUAAAAUUAGGUUGUAUCUGUAAGUUUUCUCUUUCCUCUCCAUGUUCCAUAAAUUAAUUUUUCCCAGGUUGCAUGUAAUUCUGUAAAGCCACAGAAGUUAACACAUGCCUGUUUAUCCAAACCUGUUAAUCCAUUCCCUUCUCUCCCCAUAUAGAAUUACAUACUGUGUAUGCAGUUCUGUUAAAUUUCAAUUGCUUUUGUAUAUAUUGUUUACUUCCACUCAGUGCCUGAAGUCCCUAACUGCUGCCUUUUAACUAUAUGUACUGUACAGUGUUGUAAACGAGUAUCAUGAAAUUAUAAGAACAAGUCUCGUGCCUACGUAAUUGUGUUCAGUCAACCAGAAAACUUUGUCCAUUGACCUUGGUUGCAUUUUUUAAAUUCCCUUAAAACCAAAACUCCAAUUAUAGAGUAAUUCUGCAAAUCUCCCUCCAUAUUUCCUACAAAUUUUUAAAUUUUGCUGUUCUCCUUGGGCAGCUCCAGCACCACAUUAUAGCAAUAGCUUCUUUUUCAAGAUCAUGAAGUUUCAGCAAAGGUUUGCAAUUAAAUAUCUGGGAUUAUUUUUAGAAGAGAGAAAAAAAAGACUACCUUGCUCUGAAGAGGCCUACAAAGCUUUUUUGUGUUUUUUUGUACCUACAAAACUUUUUUAUUGUUUUGGCCUUUGUCUAUCAGAGAUGUAUUUUCAUCAAGUAUAAAUUAAUAUUCAAAUAUUCAGUCCUGUUUUGGAAACAAUUGUUCCCAGACAUGUUCAUUGAAAUAUGAUAUUAAUUCAAAAUAUUUUUUUAAAAAAAUUAAAAAUCAGAUAUAGUAUAGUCUUUAGAAUACUGAUUUCAGUGUAAAUUAUGUACAAAGUAACGUGUUUUGGGCCACUUUUGCAUUAUUUUUCAAACACUCCAGCUUUCUUGUAUUUCACUUUGUACAAGAAUACUUCUCAUGUUCCAUAAACAUAUGGGGGGGGAGGGGGGGUUAGUCUUAAACUCUGUGCACAUAGACUUUUUCCAGCAUCCAAUAUACAUAUCCAUGAAAGACUUGCCAAAAUAAACAUUCUUUACUACUAUUACUAAUAAUAACAACAACAACAACAACACUGCAAGUAAAGCAAACAGUGGAGGAGGAGAAACAUGCACUGGCUGAUUAUGUGAAUGAAAAUCAAGAACAGGCAUUGAUUGAAGUGAAGAA